CGGGAUUAGCCUCCUGAGCUAACGGUGCUAUGUUGUCAUUCAGCCCGAUGUGAUGGUGUCCGCCGCCACGCCCUUGUGUGAGGAGAGCGAUGCGAUUGGGCGAACUGGCGUGAGACGUCAUGGUAAACCGCGCUGCUAUUGGGCGUAAAAGUCACCACGCCUCUCUGUCGUCACGCACGGGGCGGGGCCUUUUAAAGCCACACUUCCACACCACGCUGAGUGGGCAGAAUGUGUCCACCACGCCGGUGUUAGCAAACAGCUCCUCAGCAGCUCCUCUGCAGAUCCUCGGCAGAUCCAGCCUGAAACACAGGGAUCUGACGAGUCGGGUCAGGUGCAGAACAACAGACACCACCCAGCAACUCACUCUCACACGUACAGUGAAAGCAUGGAAGGCUCGCCAGAGGCUAAAAGCCGCUGAGUGGAUCUGAAAGCACAUGGACUUUUUGUAGGAGCUCCCAUCUCAUCUAGUGCAGUUUGUCACUAAACGCUUCCCCUAGUGAGUAUCCACAUCUGCCUGUGCCACGCAGACAUGGCAGGCAGGGGCCGAGGAGUCGCUGCCUUCUCCUUCAACCUCGAGGCCCUGGGCAUCGGCAGGGGCAGCAUGCCAGAGGCCAGGGUGGGGCCCAAGCCACUGUUUCCAAACACAGACUUUAAACCAGUGCCGCUGAAAGUUGGCGAAGAUGAGGACUACAUGUUGGCCCUGAAACAGGAGAUGAGGGGAACCAUGCAGCGGCUGCCGCACAACAUCAAGCCUCUGUGCAAUAAAGCAGAAGUGGAGCGAUACACGGAGCGAUACCUGAAGAAGAGCAAGGUGGUGGAUGAAGAAUGGAUUCCAGACUGGAACCUUUUUCCCAAAGAACUGAUGCCCCAGAAGAAAAAACCCCGGGCUAAAGCAGUUGCGAAGAAAACAACGAAGGUGUCAAGCAAAGACUCAGCGGACAUCAUGACUAAAUUAGAUGAACUGGCAAAGAAAGACGACGGGAACGCAGAAAAAUCUGACGAAGAGAAUGAGAAGGAUAAGGAGAAGAAGAAGAAUGAAGAUGAAGAGGAAGAAAUUGAGGCGGAAGAAUACGAUGAAGAGGAUGUUGAAGAGGAAAACGACUAUAUAGAUAACUAUUUUGACAACGGUGAAGAUUUUGCUGCAGCCAGUGACGACAAUAUGGAUACUGAAGCGACAUACUGAGACAACACAACAAGACCUUGCAAACCAAGCAAGUGUUCAACUGUUGGAGCAAAUGAUCACUGUGAUUAUUCCUAUUGGUUACAUAAUGUAGAUAAGUUGAAAUUGCUAUUCAGCCGAGUGAUCGUUUAGUUUGCAGUAGUUUUUUUUUGCGUGUGUGUGCGUGUGAGUUUUGAGAAGCAAUGUUUCCUUAAUGACUUCUGUAAAUGAGAAAUGCCAAACUAUGUGCAUACUGGCAAUAAUUUAUUCAAAAUAGAUUUAUUUAUUAUCCAGCCUGUAGCACUCUUCCACAGGCUGAAAGGCACAUACUGUCAACAACACAAACUGCUUUGUCAUAAAAUAUGAACACAGUGAUGAAAUAAAAGGGCUAUAUAACAAAGUCUGAAAUUACAUAAUUACAAGUAUGAGUCAUUGUGGGAAUACUGUGCAUUU